AUAACAUGAAUUUACUCAUAAGUAUAUCAGCUUCAAUGAGGUUAAGCACGAACAUUAAGCUAAAAUACCUUUUUCCUCCGGUGGUUUUUCUGCAACGAAUGUAAAAUGCAUAUUUCGGUUUGAUAUAAUAGCCAAUGCACAACUUGCAUGUUUGAAAUUCAAUUUCAAUUCUCUGCAAUGCUGCAACACGAACCGUGAAGUCACCGCCACCGCCAUGUUCAUUGUAUCUUGUAAUAUCAAUGGAAAGUUACCACACUUCACUCCAAGUAUUUUCCAAUUGAAAAAUAACACAGCAGGAAAUAAGUACAUAUAUUCUUAUACACGAAAAGUGUAGAAUCUGCUCAUAGUACUGUCAGAGCAUAACAUUUUGUAAAGAUUUCAUGGAAUGAUUGACCAUGGCUUGACAACACAAGUUGCGAGAAUACGAAAGGGAAUGUCUUUCAUCAACGUUCUUAGCGUGCUGCUGAUUUGUUUGUGAAGGAAGGAGACGCCCAUAGCAAGUGGCAAGUUGUUUAUGGCAGAAUUAAAUUUGUUAGUACAAUUGGCAUUGACGAAUACACUAUAAAGAGUUGUUAUUUUAGACAGUACUUCUAAUGAAUAAUAUGAUGCGGUUACACAAGUUCAUAUACCUCUGCCUUAUUAGUUUUCUGGCUGUGUUUUGUGGGACAGCCAGUGGAAUUUCAUGUUAUCAGUGUCUCAGCACUGAUCAUGAAAACCCAUUUCAGUGCAACGAGUUUAUGACAGAUGCAGAUAUCACCCCACAAUCAUGCGACAACAUCUAUAAUGCCCAGUAUUGUGUGAAACAUACAGGCCGUUAUGAAGGUGUCAAAAUUUUGAAUUUUGUCACUCUGAGUUUGGAAUGUUACCAAUGUUCAACACCUUUUGACAUUCGCUGCUCUGAUCUUCUCAUUCAUGAUGAAACUCUGCACCCAACUAACUGCAAUGAUAUAUAUGGGGCUGAGUAUUGCAUCAAAACUACGGGUAUUUUUGGAGGUGGACUUGGUACAAAGCGAUUUUGCUCUCCGCUUGAUUUGGGCAACUAUUGCAAUUACAUCCAACAGCCUGGAGAUGAAUUGGAAUACCGCUCAUGUGUAUACACAUGUUCUACAGAUGGAUGCAACCCUGCAAGUGUUUCAGAACCAAAGUUUUUCCUUUUAUUACUGACAAUUGGUUUAGUAGUCACUAAUAUUGCCCUUCCUUGGCUUAGAUGAGACUAAAUGAGUUUCAGGAAAGACUCAAGGCAAUGCAAUUUCACAUAUCACUUAUGUGAAUUCAAUAUUUACAAGCCAAAAAGCUUAGUAAAUCUCUGAUAUUCAGGAAUUGUCAAUUUUAGUAUUUAUGAUUGUUAUGAGAGAUUUCACAUGCAUAGUCAUUUACAGAAGAAAAAAAAAGCAAGUGAAAUUAUAUAGAAUAAGGUGAGAACUAUGAGGAUAAUGUCACCAGUUCAACUUUGUUAACUUGUGGGACUUUCACAAUCUACCUUUAUAUACUUUAUAGUCUACUCUUCGGUCAUAAUCACAUUUUAUAGUUGUAUCACAAUUGUCAGGUGAAUUUGGAUAAAGUGCCUUUUAUAUGACCACAACAUAUGUUAUUGAUUGUUAGACUGAAAGGAUCAAAGCAUUAAUUUCAUUAACUUCAUUCAUGUGUUAGAUUUACUUUAUAUGUAAAUAGGUUUUUUGAUAUUAAUAUUACUCGGAUUCAUUGUUUUCUACAUUCCUGUAAAACAUUUACAUUUUAUGAUAACAUUGAUUCAUGUUUUAGUUAUGUUUUACUAAUCUAAUUAUUUUUUGAAACAUUGUUUUAAAUUGUUGAGUCCAAGUAAAUGAUCUUUAAUUAGAUAUAAAUCAAGGCAAGAUGCAGUAAAAUGUGAAUUUGAAAAUAGAUUCAUAACUUCUCAAGAAAUGUAGAAGUUAUAUUCUUUACUUUCCAAAUUUUGUUUUUGUUAAUUUAUGGUGUAUUUGUAGAUCAAAACUCGAAUAUUGAGAACCAUCUUACACACAUUAUCAAAAAUGUAAAUGAUUAAAUAAAACUUCAGUUUUGUUUGUUAAUAUAACAUAGAUAAAUAGUGUCAAGACGUUUUGUCUGAAUUUUAAAAUGAGUGUAUUGGUUAAUGUGCAAAUUGAAUUUAUGAAAUAUACCCCAACAAUGGAGGUUAUGUUUUUUAAUGAAGUCUUUUAUGCUUAUGAAUCUCCUAAUGUUGAUGUCUAGUAAGACAUUUAUAAAUAAAUAGAAUUUCAACCCGCCAUCCAUCGGUUUGAGACCGCUACGGCACCACUGCCUUAGCGAUCUCGGCCAUCCGAACCGGCUUCAAUUUCCUUGUUGUGGAACAUAAUUUCAUUUAUUCAUAUAUAAAUUCCAGCACUAAUUCCAGUUUUGUUUCACAUUAGUAUUUACUGUAAUUGUGUAUCAAUUUAAUAUUUUUACUUUGUACUUCAACACGGAAUAUUGUGCUUCCAAUUUUUGCACAUGAUAUUAUAAAGGCUCUGGUUUGUUAGUAUUAUUUUAAAUGUUCUAAAAUUAGAGUGCUUGUUUUUUUGAAGGAUUUCUUCAAGUUAUCAGCCGUCCACAUUUUUAUAUUGUAUUCAACAAAACCGUCCAUAAGCAUGUGAUAUCUAAUGAUAUGAUAUUCAUUGUGUAUUUUCAUUUAAACUUUUUUAAACAUGUACUUUGUGUGAAUUGCUGUGAAAUAUAGUAUAUAAAAUUGUUGAACUUAAAUUAUUUCAUAUUAACAGAGAUGUUCAAAUAUAUUAACUGCAUUAUGCAACUAGCCCCGAAGUGUUUGAUGAGUUUGUCACAAGAACUGUAAUGUAUAAUUUUGUUCAGAUAUUUUAUAAACUUAAUUUUAUAUGAAUGUAUGUAAAAAGUAAAUAAAUCAAAUGAUAUAAACGUACCAUGG